CCGCAGGGCGGAAGCUCCGGAGCUUCAGGAAUAGCCCAGCAAAGGCGGGCGCCGUUCAGGGCCCCCUGAGGCUUCAGGGGCCAUGGCUGGGGUCGCUUGCUUGGGGAAAGCUGUGGAUGCCGACGAAUGGUGCGACAGUGGCCUGGGCUCUCUGGGUCCAGAUGCAGCGGCUCCUGGAGGACCGGGACUGGGCUCGGAGUUGGAUCCGGGGCUGUCUUGGGCUCACCUUGUCUUCAGCUACGUUACUGAGGAUGGGGACACGGCCCUGCACUUGGCUGUGAUUCAUCAGCAUGAGCCCUUCCUGGAUUUCCUCCUGGGCUAUGUGGCUGGCACUGAGUACCUGGACCUGCAGAAUGACCAGGGCCAGACAGCCCUGCACCUGGCAGCCAUCCUGGGGGAGGCAUCUACAGUGGAGAAGUUGUACACGGCAGGCUCCGGAUUGCACGUGGCAGAGCGUGGGGGCCACACAGCUCUGCACCUGGCCUGCCGUGUGGGGGCACACGCCUGUGCUCGAGUGCUGCUCCAGCCCCGCCCCCAGCACCCCAGGGAAGCCCCCAGCACCUACCUCACUCAGGGCCUGGACCACAGCCCUGACACCAGCCGCACCCCUGUUGCCUCAUACCCCGAACCUGACUUGGAGAAGGAAAAGGAUAAGAAUGAGGACUGGAAGCUGCAGCUGGAGGCUGAAAACUACCACGGCCACACCCCACUCCAUGUGGCCAUCAUCCACAAAGAUGCAGAGAUGGUCCGACUGCUCCGGGAGGCCGGAGCUGACCUCAACAAACCGGAGCCCACCUGCGGCCGGAGCCCCCUGCACUUGGCAGUGGAGGCCCAAGCAGCCGAUGUGCUGGAGCUUCUUUUGAAGGCGGGUGCUGACCCCGCUGCCCGCAUGUAUGGUGGCCGCACCCCACUGGGCAGCGCCAUGCUCCGGCCCAACCCCAUCCUCGCCCGCCUCCUGCGUGCGCACGGUGCCCCUGAACCUGAGGAUGAGGACGACAAGCCUGGCCCCUGCAGCAGCAGUAGUGACAGCGAUAGCAGGGAUGAAGCUGAUGAAUAUGACGACAUCGUGGUCCACAGCGGCCGGACCGCAAAUCGGAUACCUCCUACCCAAGCCUCCAAACCUCUCCCUGACGACCCUGUCUGACUCAGUUGUUAAUAGAAUUUCCCAUGUAAUAAAAUCCCAGUUCUGACAACCAGA